AUGGCAGAUUCGGCAAAGCAAGACCUGCUGUUUCAGAUCUCUGCCUGGAGGCGGAACAGGGAAACCAGGGUUUUGGCCACUUCCUCGGUAGAGGACGAUCCGAGCAGGCAGCUUGGCAGGCUGAAUAAGUGUAGUGUGACCUUGAAUGAGCUCCACUGCGAGGAAGUUGUCCUGAGAGGAAAUAUUCAAAAGUCAAAAAAUAUCCAGGAUGGUGGCAUAGCUAUAGCCAGAAGCGCAGAAUGGAUCCUGGCUUGCCUGCAGAAAAAGCGGCGCCGAGCCCUUAGCAUCACAGAAGAGUUGAAUGGCAUUUGUACCCUGCUCACAGCAGACUUCCAAGAGGAGGCUUUCCUUAACUUUGGCAAAAUCAUUGAGACCAAAUUUAACAACAGGGACCAAAAUAACAACAACAACAACAACAACAAAAUCAACGUUACUGACACUGACAACUUCAUCAGCGCAGCUGGCAAUAGCACCUCCAACAAUUCAAGAAACAGCCAUGCAUGCAAAGCAGACUCAGGGACAGAGAUCGCUAUUGUUCUGGAUGGAUCAGGAAGCAUCGAGCCUGAGGAUUUUGAAAGAGCCAAGGGUUUCAUCUUCAACAUGAUGACGUCAUUCUGGAGGAAAUGCCCAGAGGUUACGUUUGCUGUGGUACAGUAUGGAGCAGAGAUCCGAACUGAAUUUGACCUGCAGGAAAGCAGCAACAAGCCCAGUGCUCUCUCCAAGGUCCAUAACAUAACACAGCUGGGCUCUGUGACCAAGACUGCAUCUGCCCUGCAGCACGUGCUAGAUGAGAUCUUCAAUGAAAGCUGCGGUUCGGUCAAGGACGCUCACAGGAUGAUCCUUGUCAUGACCGAUGGGGAGAUCUUUUUGGACCCACUGAACUUAACGGAUGUGAUGAGCUCCCUGAAAAUGGCCACGAUCGAACGUUACGCCCUGGGGAUCGGCGAUGUCUUCAGCAAGCAAAGGGCCCUGAAAGAGCUGCAGCUUAUCGCCUCGGACCCCGAUGAAGAUUACUUGUUCAAGCUGCCUGACUAUGAAGCCUUGGAUGGCUUCCUGUCGGUGCUGGAGAGAAAUAUUUUGGGUACCUCAGCGGCAUAUCUUCCAGAGGCAGGAUCUGGCUAUGAAAACCAUAACUGCAACAAUAACAACAUCCUGGAGGAUGAUGACGAUGACUCAUACUCAGGGACAGAGAUCGCCAUUGUUCUGGAUGGAUCAGGGAGCAUCGAUCCUAAGGAUUUUGAAAGAGCCAAGGCUUUCAUCUACAACAUGAUGAAAGCGUUCUAUGAGAAGUGCUUUGAGUGUGAUUUUGCCCUGGUGCAGUAUGGAUUUGAAAUCAGAACUGAGUUUAACCUGCGGGACAGUUGGAACGCUAACGCUACCCUCCAGAAGGUUCAGAACAUCACCCAGUUGUCUUCGGUGACCAGAACAGCAUCUGCCAUCCAACACGUGCUGGAUUCUAUCUUCAUUGAGAGCCAGGGGUCCCAGAAAAAUGCUGCUAAAAUCAUGGUUGUGCUGACAGAUGGGGAAAUAUUCCAGGAUCCAAUGAAUUUAACAACAGUGAUAAAUUCACCCAAAAUGGCAAGAAUUGACCGUUAUGCCAUUGGGGUGGGAGAAGCAUUUAACAAGCCCAAGGCCCUAAAUGAGUUGAAGCUGAUUGCCUCUGAUCCAGAUGAAAGUCAUUUAUUCCGGGUGACCAACUAUUCAGCUUUAGAUGGGCUCCUUUCAACCCUGCAGCAGAAAAUCAUUGCGAUAGAAGGCACGGCAGGCGAUAUUAUAGAAUAUGAGCUGGCGCAAACUGGUUUCAGCGCACAGAUCGUGGACAAGCAGCACAUACUGGUUGGAACUGUGGGGGCCUAUGACUGGUCCGGUGGAGUUCUGCUGUACGAUUGGGUAACCAAGGCGGCCACUUUCCUGAACGAAUCUAAAGAAGCAAAAGAAGCAAAAUGCGGCUACCUAGGGUACAGCGUGGCUGUGGUGAAUGCACAAGACGGUGCCUGGUAUGUUGCUGGAGCUCCAAAGCACAGCAUGACAGGGAAAGUGCUGGUGUUUAAGAAAGAUGGCUCAAAGCAAAUCCUACAAGGAGAUCAGGUUGGGUCUUAUUUUGGCUCUGAACUCUGCUCUGUGGACGUGAACCAGGAUGGGGAGACAGACUACCUUCUUGUGGGAGCCCCGCUUUAUCACAUCUAUGGGGAAGAAGGAAGAGUUUAUGUGUAUCGGCUUCAGAAUGGUUACUUCUCCUGGGUGGGACACUUAAGUGUCCAGACACCAUCUCCUUUUGCAAGGUUUGGGUUUACUGUGGCCAGCAUUGGGGACAUCAGUAGGGAUGGAUAUGCGGACAUUGCAGUUGGAGCCCCCCUUGAGGAUCGACUUUUGGAUUCUUCUACCUUUGGCAGCAUUUACAUCUAUAAUGGUGAUAAGAGUGGGAUCAGGAGCACCUUUUCUCAGAGGAUAAGAGCAGCUGAAGUUGCUCCAGGCCUCCAAUAUUUUGGACAGUCCAUUGAUGGUGGUUUUGACUUCACUGAUGAUGGUCUCAUAGAUAUAUCAGUGGGAUCGUUUGGAAAUGUAACUGUGCUCCGCUCCAGACCAAUUGUCAGAUUUAAUGUCACUAUGAGAUUCACCCCGGAGGGAAUAUUCGUUUUCCAUAACAAUAGCAUCAUUACUGCAGAACUGUGCUUUAAUAUGAGCUCACCUUUAGAAGCAUCCCCACAAGAGAUUUGGCACUUAUCCAUUCGCUACACUGUGGACUUGGAUGUGAGGAUGAAGAAGAAGAGAGCCCAUUUUGAGGAUCAGAAAUCCACACUGAGCCAAGAAAAGCAGGCCAAUGGACCUGUGUGUGCUGAGCUGCUGCUCAACAUACUGCCGUGUGAUUAUGACUGUUUCUCUAGCAUUACUCUCAAAGUCAGCUACCAGCUCUCUAAUAGCAAUGAGAACAUGGAUCAUCCAGCUCCCACGCUUGAUAAAUACCAGGAACCUGAGGCAUAUUUUCAGCUGCCUUACAAGAAGGACUGUAAUAACAAAGCCAUCUGUGCUGCGAACCUAACCUUGAGAAGUCACACUCAGAAGAAAUUAGUGGUGGGGGACACCAAGGAGCUGACCAUGGACAUUUCUCUAGUUAACAGCGGAGAUGACUCCUACAUGACAACCUUGGUCUUGAAAUACCCUAGAAAUCUACAGUUUAAAAAGAUGAUCCCAGAGCCAUCCUCUACUGUGAUUCAUUGCGAUCAGCCAAAACCAUCUGCACAUUUACUCUCGUCCAUGGGCUGCAAGAUUGGACACCCAAUAUUCAAAAAAACAACGGCACAUUUCUCAGUGAUUUGGCAAUUAGAUGAAGCUUUAUUUCCAGAUCAGACUGCGAACAUCACUAUUAACGUCACAAAUGUAAAUGAAAAUAGCACUGCUUUGAUUGAAGAACACAUACUUGAUGUCAGAUAUGCUUUGACUGCAGUUCUUACCAAGCCAACUCCAGUAGUAUAUGUGAAUGUUAGUCAAGGACACUCUGAGACCAAAGCGUUCCAGUUUAAUAUCAAUGGGGAAAACCGCUUUGGCGCUCAAAUUGAUUUAGAGAUUUUGGUUCCUAUCUGCAUACAAGGUCAUCCUAUUACAAAAAUGAAAAAUGUAACAGGAACACAGGUAUUUUUAUUUUAUUUUUUUAAACUUUUUCAAUGUGCGAUUCCUCUUCCACAGACUUUCCGGAGAGCAGGUUUAGACCCUAAUACAACAGUCUGCACAAACUGGAAGGAUUUGGAAUAUCAUCCUCAAUUCUGUACUGGAAAGACCAAAGUACAGGCCAGCAAAGGGCAGUACCAACAUGUGCACUGUGCUAUCACAUCCGACAGAGAGAAUGUUACUGUGAUAGCUGAGUUGCCUUUAAUUGAUUCUCAGCAGUUCUUAAAAGACAGAACUGAUCUUCUGGUCAUUGGGGAAAUCACCUUCAACAAACAUCUAUAUGAGGGCCUGAAGGAAGAGAACCACAAAGCUGAGAUCACUGUCGUCUUGUUGAAAACACAAGUAAUCAAUACCUUGCCUGUUGUCGUAGGAAGCUCUGUUGGUGGAUUUUUGCUGUUGGCUUUCAUUAUUUUCAUCCUUUUUAAGUGUGGCUUUUUCAAAAGAAACUAUAAAAAUAUGAUGGAGGAGCAACAUGAUUCCUGAGGAUCAGGCUGACUAGAGCAGGAUUCUGUACAGGAAUUGCACACUCUUCCUGAGAGCUCCAAUAUCAAAGACCAGCCAGAAGCAAAGCAAUUCAGUCUGUGAGCUGGGAUGGAUCUGAGGGUCCUGAAUUUUGAGACUGCCAUGGUUUGCUCCUGGUUUAAUUUAGGGAUUUUGCACUCUCGUAUGACCCAGCCACCUGCUUGUGCAGCUAGCUUGGAUUUGCUGACUACUUGUCAAAAUUGGACUUUCCUAGAUUAAUAAACCACAGAAUCCUCAUUUCAGAUUUUGCCUAAAUGUAAAUAUGCUGGAGACAAUUUAGUUUGGAUUGUGUGUAAUUUAUGCAUUGUUAUCGCAUUCUUUGUUGUUUUGAUGCCGAGUUGGUUUUAAAUGGACUUUAAUAGCAUACAGCCUCAAACGAGUUUGAAAAUAGAAGUGGUUGAAUGGAGGCUCCACUCUGCUCAUUGCGAGUGAAGUUGGCAAAGCACCUCUGAUGCAUGCACGCUUGUACUUGUUUGAUUUAACACAGCAGGGCAGGCUCGUUGCUCUCAGCCAUUAUUCUGUUAGUGGGAUGUGUGGAUUCUUGCCGAUUGGAAACAUAAGUGUGUACAGAGGUGACCAUGUAAACAAGCAGAAUGGUUAUAGGAGAAAGACUCUCCUCCCCACACCCAGAACAAAGAAGGUUCUUGUAUGGCCUAGUAACCCAAAAUGCUUUUGUGUUUUCCAUUGGGAUCUCCAGAGUCCCAUGAGAACAAAAGGUUAAAAAUCAGAUUCAUGCCUUUCAGUUCUGGGUUAAUUGUUUUCAAAUUCUGAUUAGGUCACAAGUAAAAAUGAGUUUGUUAGGUCUCAUACUAGGUCCUGAUGGACUAUUUCCACAUCAGAAAUCACUACACCAUGGUGGCAUGACUGGCGAUGCCUGCUCAGAAGAGUACAAGAACUAGAAUGGUAGCAGUGUUCCAGGUCUUGAGUCACUGGCAAAUCUGGAGUUGAACAGAGCAAGAUUGUUGCAGGUCAGGAUUGUGAUUUAUUGCAUAGCAAUGUGGAGUCCCAAGACUGGAAUAGCAGGUCAGAGGUAAUUGCAUUUACAGAGCAGUGUGCGUGGGAAGUUUGCUUAACAACUGCCUGUCCUGUGGUUGGCUCUAGCCAGCACCUCAGUCCUUGUCUUUUCUGAGCACUAAAAUGACCACUGACCUCAAACAUUUUUUUGAAAGCAAAAAUACCUUUAAAUAUUUCCACAUUUGGCUGUAGUUGUCCCUAACUGUGUAGUUUGCUGUUUUAUUUCUGUCACAUUUACUUAACCUAAAACCACUGAAACUUGAGUGUGUUCGCUUGAAACUGACAGAAUUAACCUAGAUGGGGGGAGGGAUAGCUCAGUGGUUUGAGCAUUGGCGUGCUAAACCCAG